AUGAUUAAUUUACGAGAGGAACAACUGAAUCAGUUGAAAAACAAAUUGAAUGAAAUUGAGCAGUCACUUGCGGAUAGAGAGACGCAUAUAUUAUCCGCUGACUUGAGGCAAGAAUAUGAACGUCAGUUGCAAAAUAUUCGCACUUUACGUGGUCUCUAUGAAGAAAGAGCAAGGUUAGCCGAAGUCUCCAGGCAAGCUCUGACAAGAGAACUCCAAGAACAAAAAGAAAUAAAUGAAGUCGAAAUGAAAAAAAACAGUGACUUAAGUACCAAAGUGGAAGAACUGGAGACCACAGUUAGUGCAUUGGAAGAUAGGAUUGACGAAAAAAAUAAUCUAAUCUCGACAUGCCGGAAAGAAACAUAUGACUUAAAAUCAGAAAUGGAAGUCGUUAAUAAGCUUUUCUCGCAAGUUCUUUUAGGUAACCAAGUGGACGAAACUGAAGAGUCUCAACAAUCAGAAGAAGCACAUCAAGAACAAAUAGAAAACGAAAACCAUAUUAAAAAUGAUGAAGGAGCAGAUGCUAACAAUUCAGGAAAUACUACAGCAGAAGAAAUUGUACAAAACCUUCCGAAAGUUUGGAGAGUACUUAUGGAACUCUUGAGCCAUCAAAGUGUACCAGACAGUAAUGACGAUACUAAAGUUACGACAUGUUAUAAGUCAGUUGAGACAAAGUCAGGCCCCGUUUUGGUCCCAAGUGUUAGCCAAACCUACAUAAGACUGAAGGACUUAAUUGUUGAGAAAUUGUCAUUAAUUAAAGAAGUAAAUCGAAUGAAACAAUUAAAUGGUCAUUUGGAGACACGAUUACAAGAACAAGAACGUCGACUGUGUUUAGUUACCACUGAGCUGAGCAAAACGUGGCAUGUUGUCGGCCGAUUGCGUAGACAUCAUCAUCAAUUACACACCCAUGAAAAAAUACUUAAAUAUGAACUACAACAAAAGCGAAAACUGCUCAAUGAACUGAAAGAGGAACUAGAAUAUUGUCGGGAGAAGUGGGAACAAGCUCGCGAGAAAAACACUCAGUCCGAAAAAGAUUGGAAAAAGCUGCGAGAGGAAUUUUCUAGCAGGAAGCUAAAAUCGGCAUCUACGUCUAUAAACUAUUCCGCCGAAAGCGGUUACAGCGAUGAAAGGCCAUCAGAUGAGUCUUCGGAAUCCAACGAUGAAUGUGAAUAUGCGAAGGAGACGCAAAUUAGAUGUAAGAAAAGACUCAAAAAAUCCUUUGAAACUGCUAUAGAUUCAAGCACCGAUUUUAAUUUAGUGGCAGAAAGAGAAGAUCCAGCUAGUGAUAUGUUGGAUGUAGCAGAUUUGCCACUCGAUAAUCAAGAACAGGAACCUUUAGAAAUAUCGGACACUACUAGCGAGCCCAUGAAUAAACCUACAUCGAGUAUACAGAACUUUCAAGACACUGAAAUACCUUUAAAAAAAGAUAACAAAAAUUUCAACCUUCACUUGAGUUCACAUACAGAACCAGAAAAUGGAACGGAAGGAAAUAAAGGCGCAAAAGUAUUAGAACAGCCAGACCAUUCAAAGCUAUUUCAAAAACCAUCAACGUCUGAUGACAGAGGAUAUGUUAACUCACAAAAAAUUCAAACGAAAGUUGCGGAAUUUCUGGAAAGAGACAAUUCAUUGACGUCCCAGGAAUCUGCAGUAGAUUUCAAAGCAAUUUUAGAUAGUGUCAAGAAACAGGAUGAGCAUCUUGCACUUAAAGACCAAAGACUCCAAAAUCUCGAGAACGGAUGUUCUAUCGUAAUAAAUAGUAUAACGAAUACGCUUUCCACCGGUGAUCAUAUUUCGAAUAAGCUAGACACACUUCAUGACGAAUUUGUGAAAGCAUGUAAUGUUAAUCUUCAAUCAGUUGGAUGUUCAUCGGAAAAAGCUAAAGUAGAGUCGAAAUCAACGGAAAACAAACCAGAACCAUCAGCUUCUAAUGAUAUAGAUCAUGAAGCGAUAUUUGCUGCUCGAGACAUGCGAUUGAAAAGACUGGAGGAACAAACAAAGUCAUUAGUUACCAAAGUAAAUAAAACCGCAACCAAAGGUGUCAAAAUAAAUUACAAGUUAGAAGAAUUGCAUAACAUUUACGCCUCAGAAUCUUCUCGAGCUGGGACACCGUCAGAAGAAAACGAAGAAAAUCAGGAACAAAACAGUUCUGAUAAAGAUAAUAAA